UUUGUUGAAGCAAUAUGUAGUAAAUAUGAUUAUUGUAAAACAAACUUUGACAAUAGUGGUGACACUAGGCGAUAGAAGAAUGAACAGAAAUGAUUGAGAUAAUGUGCAGUUUUUAAUCUCAUUGUAGGUAAAUAUUUUUGGAAUGAAAAGAAAUUUCCAAAGAUGUUUUAAGAAUUAUAUCAUCACUGAAGCAGUGAAAUCAAUAUGGGUUGGAACAAUAUUUGGAAUAUUUUCUCUUAUAACUCCUUUUGCAAUAGCAUGGUUAAAUCCAUUAUAUUUUUCAAGCCAGAAUGCUUAUCCAAGUGGUGCAGAUGUUUAUUUUUAUAUUAACAAAGCUUUGUAUUUAAAGGAUGUCAUAACAUAUCAAACAAGCUUUUUAAAUGAUUAUAAGUCUUUAGAAAACCAAAUAUAUACAGAACCUAUUCCAAGUUUAUUUACUGCUCUUGCAAUGAUUAUAUUUAAUAGGUUUGGAUCUCCACUGUGUAUCUUUCGUUGUGUUAUUGUUUUUCUUGUUUCACUUAUUCCGUUAACAUUGUAUCUUGGAGUUUACCGAAUGGUUUUUUCUCAAACACAAGGAAUUUUUGUUGCAUUGUUGUUAUUUUGUAUUAAUAGUAAAUUUCAAUUUGGAUUUGAACUCAAUGCUGUUUUUCUUCAAGGAUUAUUUAAUCAACUUUUUGGAAUGGUCGUUGUUCCGAUAACAGUUUCAAAAAUGUAUAAUCAUGGUAUGAAUUGGAAAAAGAGUAAUCAGGAUACAUCAGCGCUAUACUUGUGUCUUAUUUACUGUUGCCAUAUUCCGUCUGGUAUAAUUUGUUCCCUAGCUUCACUUUCAGCAUUUAUCACAUUUUUUAUAACAAAGGAGUUCAAAUUGUCAAAUUGUAUAUCUGCUGCUAUGAGGUUUUUGGGUCUUCACAUAAGAGUUGUAUUGUAUUUAUCUUGGUGGAUUGUUGCCACAAUUAUUUCAUAUCCUUACUUAAAAUCAUCUUGCCAAGAAACAAUACACUCUAUUUCUCAUCUCAUAAAUAUUGUCAUAAAUGGAAGUUUAUUUGGUGAUAAAAAUCACUUUUUCUGGUUUACAUCCUUGGUUCUUAUAGGUUUAUUUACUACUCUAAUAGAUUUUUGUUCUGUUUUUAAAUUAAAGAAGUUUUCUAUUAAUAAUCAAUAUUAUUCUGUUUGGUUGUUUCUUAUGACAUUUUUUGUUGUCUUAGCAUGUUUAUCUAAUUUAUUUUUAACAUUAAAUAAUUUUGUAUUUUUAAUUCAUUUUUGUGGUUUACUUCUUGCUUCAACUUCUCUUCAGUUAUUUUUUCAAGUUUUUUACAAAUUUGUUGCUUUUACAAGUCUUUUUAAAGCUCUUUUUAUCUUGAUAAUUUCGAGUGUUUCCAUAAAACAUUUUACUUUAACAAUAUCUGAAAAUGUAUUAACUGAGGGAAAUGAAAAUUUUCAAAAUGCUUUACGCGCUUUACAAAAUGAAAGUACUCAUGGAAGAAUUUUUAUUCAUGAAAAGUUAGGUACUGGUGAUCCUUGGGAUAUUAUUAAUAUACCAUCUCUAACAGGAAAACUUGGUGUUUUGGAAAGUUGCCAUGACUCAAGCAACAAUCCAGUGUCUUACUAUCUUGACAUGGUUGCACAAAAUUCUGUUGCAGAAAAAUUUGAGAAUUUUUUGAGGUUGUAUAAUAUAAAAUAUGUAGCUGGAUAUUCAUCAUUUAUUGAAAAAAAUUUCAAUCAUAUUGCUGAUCUAGAGCAUGUUAUUAAAUAUGAUGAUUUUGAGAUAUUAAAAGUAUAUGAAGAUGAAGAAAAGUAUGGUUUCUUCAGCUUUGUUCAUUUGCCAGGAUAUGUUGAUGGUAAUAAAAAAAAUUUGCAUCAAGCUGUUGUUCAGUCAUUAGAUUUGUAUUCUCAAAAUUUAUUGUUGUAUUUGAAUCCAAGGCGUAACUCUGCUAUUCGAAAGCAAAAUGUUUUAGUGAUACAGACAGUAAGUAAAAGAUAUUUUGGCAACACUAUAUCAAAUUCACCUGGUUCUAUAGUUAACUGGAAGUUGAAUGGUCAAGGUAUAGAUUCUAUUGAGGCAGUUCAAUACUUAGAAAAUAUUUUUGCUAAUAUGCCACUUUAUUCUACCGUAAUUGAAGAGAAAUAUACUUACAAAGAUUAUCAUGUGUUAGUUCAAGUGAUGCAGCCAAGCUCAAAGGUUGAGCUAAUGGAACAUCUUCUAUUCAAGUUUUCAUACCACCCAUUUUGGCAAUGUGUUUAUAUACCGGUAUCAAAUACGUACCGUUUACGUGAUUAUGACUCUAAUCGUUUUCUUAUUAAUCGAACAUUAACUGCUGUGCACCAUGUUACUCCUAACUUAAUGGCAAUCACUUUACCUGAAGGCCGGUUCCAUGUUAUAUUAUUUUUCCGUAUUCCUGGUAUCUUAAAAAUUGCAGCACUAAUUUUUAUAGGAGUUGUUUUAUGCAAACUUUUCUAUUUUUUAAGUUGUGCGUUAUUUGCAAUAACAAAACAAAAAACUAACAACAACAAAUAAAAUUUAGUUUUGUGUUUGCCAUUUUUUUUGUCUAAAUCAAUUAACAAAUCAGCUAGUUGCUAAGUUACUCAAUCAGAUUUGCUGAGCCUUUAUAUCGUUUUUAUAUGUACCAGGUUUUAAUAAUACGUUUAAAUUUUUUUCUGUUUUUUUGUCAAAUAUCAAAAAUUUAUGAAUUUUGUACGAAUGUAUUUCUACAUUCUAAAACUUAUCGUUUUGACUACGGUUUGCUGUUGACUAUCGAGCUAAUUUAUUUUAUACAUGUAUUAUUUGUAAAUAGUUAUAGUAAUAUAAAUUAAUUGUAAAUAAAUAAUUAUUUAUAAAUAAAUUAUUA